GUGGUGAUCAAUCGAAAAUGAAAAGAAAAAAACUUUAUACAAACAUUAGUUGAUUGUGGAUCAGUUUUACGUAAAAAUUUCACUGAAACGGUUUGUUAAAGUUUAAACUACGGAUAAAUAAAGAAACGUAUAAAAAACACAAAAUAAAACAUUCGACAAAUACUAAACUUAAAUGGAAUUUUAAUAGAUUUUUUCUAACGAAAAGAAGGAAAAAACGAAUAAAUAAAUAAAGAAAAGAUUUUCGUAUUAGAAACAUAAAUAUUUGUAAUACGUUAAGCCAAAAAUACACAGAAUUAAGAAAAAUUUAUUGCAGUUUUUUUUUUUUGGUAUUUACUUUAAACGAACACACACAAACCCAGUGGAUUUAAAAACAAUUAAAGCAAAAUAUAUAUUUGCUAUAAAACAAAUAGAAAUAGAACAUUUUUCCACUUAAAUAAUUCUAAAACAACAACCAAAACAAAAAUGUCUCAUCAAUGCAGUUGCGGUCGUGACCUCAACAAUAAUUAUGUCGGCUAUACAAGUGCUUACGCAAAUGCCAAUACCAGCUUAGAUCGUGAAUCCAAUGCCACCUUAAGUGGCUCUUCAAAAUCUUCACCAGGCUCACAAACCCAAUUCACAGCCAAGCUAAUAGUGGGCACAGUGGGCGCCAUUAAAGAGCUAAGGGAAAAGGAAAAAUCACGUCAAACAAUGACACGUGCCGGAGAUCGUAGAAAUUGAGUUGCAAAUGAAAAUGAAAAAGAAAAAAAAAACGGAUGAGUUUCGUUUCUUUCAUUUUUUUUUUCUAAAACAUUUUAGAAGUGUUAUAACAGAGGCAUAAAAAGUGUUAUUAAGCUGUUAUCUUUAAGGUGUUGUAAGCAUGAGCAGGUGUGUUUGCAGUUGUUUAUCUAGAAUGAAGUGAUGAAAGUGAAGUACUUUCUGAUUGUUAGUGUGAUUUAAAGAAAAAUAAAAUUAAACAAAUAUGUAGUAAAUUAGUUGAAAAAUUAAGCUUCUUAUGAUGUCCUUUUUUUCUAUUUAUCUUAAAAGAAAAAAAAAUGUUUUGUAUAUUUUUUUUAGAUUUAUAAUGGAUUUAUUCAUUAUAAAAUAUUUUUUCAUUUAAAAAGAGAGUCUAAUUAGUACCGUUUUAUAUAGUUUAAAGAAAAUAGUAAUAGAAAUUUGUUAAAUUUCUUUAAAAUGUAAAUUAUUUUAUUUUAUAAAAAAUGCAGUGGUUUAAAAGGUUGUAAAAUUUUUUUAAAAAAAUAUUCGAAAAAAAUUAUGUGCAUUAAUUUAAGAUAAAAAAUUGAGAAAUUUUUUAAAUCGUAAAAAUUAGCUGAAUUUUUUUUUUUAUUUUCUUAAAAAACUCUUGUAUUUCUUCAUGUAUAAGUUGAUUAGCUGAAUUUAUUUAAAUUCUACGAUCUAUUGCAAAUGCCUAAUAAUUGUUAUAUAAUUUCCUAGUUAAACUUGCUUUAGCUAAGGUUAGUUAAUCUACGAUUAUAUAGUUUUAAAACAAAACCGUUAGAAAUGAUCUAGCAUUUAAAAUAAAGAUUAAAUUAUCAUUAACUAGGUUCAACAAAACCACAUUUAUUAAACUUAUGAAUUGAGAGAAAGAUUAAGAUGCUCUGGGCCCAAAUUACGGCAUACGAUGAUCGAAAUCUCAAUAGAAUCUAAAUGGAGAUUUCGAUCGAUAUCGUAUGCCGUAAUUUGGGCCCUUAUUCCCGAAUCUUAGUUCCUUCACACCAAAUUUUCGAUAUAACAUGUACUACGCAAUGAAACCCCCCAUUUUGUUAACAUAUUUUACAUUUAUUUAUAAAGUUUGUUAUAUCAUCUGCCAGUCCAGUCCGUCGACUUUAAAAAAUCCAUUAAAUCUUUUUCCUUUUUCGAGAUAUAUUAACCUAAAGAUUGAAACAACAAAAUGUAUCUCCCAGAAGGAAUAAGAUAUAAGAGAAGUUACAUCUUUAUUUUAAAGUCGAGAGAUUGGGCUUUCUGAUGAUGUAACAAAAUGUUUAAAUUAAAGCUGUCUUUGCGUUAAUACAGCUUUUAAAACAUGACCAAAUCUAGAUUCGGAUUCAGGGCAGUCAAGUAUGUUUUGGUCUUUGAGUUAUUAACAAUUUCAUCAUUAAUUCGUAUUAGAAAGAAAAGUUUAACAUUCAUGAACUCGGUUUAGUUAAUCUACAGUUUCAGAUGAUGUAACAAAAUUUUAAAAUAAAGCUUUUUAGCUCUAUUACAACAUUUAAAAUAUGACCAAAUCUAGAUUCGGAUUCAAGGCAAUAAAUUCUUUAGAAAUGUAUAUUUUGUUGGCCUGUGUUAUUAAUAAAUUCAUCAUUAAUUUGUAUUUAAAAAAAAGUUUAACUUUCAUGAAAUCGGUUUAGUUAAUCUAUAGUUUCAGAUGGCGUAACAAAAUUUUAAAUAAAGCUGUUUUUGCUCAAUUAUAACUUUUAAAAUAUGACCAAAUUUAGAUUCAGGGCAGUCAAUUCUUUAGAAAAGUAUAUUUUGUGUUAUUAGUAAUUUGAUCAUAAAUUUGCAUUUAAAACAAAAGUUUAAAUUUCAUGUAACCGGUUUAGUUAAACUAUAGUUCUAUGAAUUUAACUGCAACUUUACUUUUUUAAUUAAAAUUAAGAAAAAAUUUAAAAAUUUACUUUUAUUACAAUUAUAGCGAAUUUAAAGCAAAAGUUAAACUUUCAUUAAACCAUUAACCCAACUUUAUUUAAAAGGAAGGAUAAAAUAUCGUUAAUGGUGGUUAUCGUUGGCCAUAAUAUAUAACAUUGGUUAAGAAUUUUAAGAAUUUAAAACAUUUGGCAUCUAAACUCUUCUAAACCUUAAUUAGUUAAUCUACAGUUAUGUCAAGAUAUACAAAAUAUUCCAAAUUAGAAAGCUUUGUUAUAUUGAUUCCAAAAUACUGCAGCAUUGUUAAUAAAGGAAAUAUUUUAUAAAAAUGAAAUCAUUAGUUAAACCUUGUUUAGUUAAUCUACAGUUAUAUAAAAUAGUUAAAUACAAGAAUAACGGAAAGCGACUAAUUUUACAAUAAAUCUCCAUUUGAAACUAUUGUUAAACUCAAUAUUACCAGGGUUAGUUAGUUAAUCUGCAGUUAUGAAUGUAAUAUGUUAAAUUGUCUUAAACUAUGUUAAACUUUUUAUUUAUAUUAUAGUUUAAACUCCACAUUCAUAAAUAACAUUUUAUUUUAUAAAAGGUUUAUAAAACAAAAAAUUAGUUAUAAAAUAUGAUUUAUAAACCGUUUAUAAAAUAAUAAUAUGUUUAUGAAUAAAGCCGUAUUAAGACUUAAAAUCGUCAAACUCUCUUAAACCAUGGCUAGUUAAACCAGAGUUACAUAUAUAUAAUUUCAAUUGGAAAAACAAUUUCUUGCAGUAAUUUUCAGAUUUUCUCAUUGUCUGGUUAUAUUUUACCGAAACGAUAGAUUGACAGUUUUCAAAGAAAAAUUAUUUUAAACGGCAGAAAAUCUACUGGUUAAACGAUAACCGGAGGUUGAGAUAACUUGCCUUGAACUUUCAUGAAUAUUCAAAAAAUAUAAGUUGAUUUUUAAACUCAUUCUAAACCUGGUUACCUAAAGAGCAAAACAUUGUAGAUUUUAGUAAUUAAUUUGAAUUGUUAAUAUCUUUUGUAUCCAGUAAAAAUUUUUUAUUUUUAUCGAAUAUUUUUGUUAAAUUUUAUUUCACCAAGUUAAUUAACACUGCAUUUUUUUAUAUCCUUUAACAAACAAUUAUUUUUAUUUCCUAAUAAUGCAAUACAAUUUCAAACGAAUUUCUUAAUAAUUUAAUUAAUAUUUUUUGUUUUUACUUUUUAUAACUUAAGUUAUUGUAAUUUUAUAGAUUUUUUCUAAUAACAGUUAAGUUUUGUUUUAAUAAUUUUUGUUUGUUAAUUUUUUAAAAAUUUUGUUGUAAUUUUCAUUUUCUUUUAAGUUAAAUAAUUGGGUUUUUAAACAAAGAAAAUUUGUUUCUAUUAUUACUUCCGUUUUGUGAAGUUAAUGAAAUUUCAAUGGUUAUGGGAAAGAAAUUCAAAUUUAUUUCAAUGCAUUAUAUAGUUUAAGUAUUAACAAAGAAAACCUGGGUCUAUAACAGAAAUUUUGUAUAGAAAAAGGGCUUAAUAAACCAUAAAUAACUUUAUGAAUGUUUCAAGAAAUAAUGAUAAAUAAAGUAAAAGUUUUACAGUAAAAGUUUAAGGGUUAAACUAUGAUUAAGAUUUAAUCUUAAAUCUUAAUUAGUUUCGAAACCAACAAAAUCAGAAGUGCAAUAGUUUUAGGCUUUGCUUAAAAUAUAAAAUAUCAUAAAUUUUGUAUUGAAAAAAAGUUUUAAAAACUUUUUUUUAAUUUUCGCUUAAAUUCAGCAAAUUUAUUUAAAAAAAUAAACUAAACUAAUUGUUGGUUUUAUAUUUUUAAUUUUUUUUUUUUUUUUUCUACUAAACCAAUGUCAACCAAGUAAAUAUAUUUAACUCAUAGUAAAUUACAUCAUCUUUAAAUAAUCAAAAGCAAAUGAAAUUAAAAAAAAUAACAAAACAUUAUUAUCAAAAUAGAUUUAGAAACAAAGGAACAUCUAACAAAAAAAAAAAAUGCAAUAACUCAUUUAGAAGACAAACAAAUAUAAACAAAAGUUCUACAAAACUGAAAUUAAAUUAAAAAUAUAAAAAUCUAAACUUAUUUAUAAUUAACCUAAGCAAAAAAAUAAGUGUUAAUAAUUUUAUUAUAUAUUUUUAAAGAUAAUUUUUUAUUAUAUUUAACCAUAAACACAAUAACACUUAAACUUUACAGUUUUUUUUCUAAUUUUCUAAUAAAUUUCAUAUUUAAAUUUAGCCACAUUUUUAAAGAAGUAUAACACUUUCAAGUUAUUUGUAUUGUUGUAAAAAUAUUAUAGUUUUGGGAAGCUAUCCCUGCAAUCAUUUAUGCGUCUAAGAACUUUCCAUGUUUUAUGUGAUUUUUAAGUAGUAAGUAGUGCAAAAAAAAAAAACAUUUAAUAAAAUAUAUAUUUAAUAAUCUAUAGUUUAUAAGUUUUGAAAAAUAAAAAUUUAUACAAACAAAUAAAAAAAAUAAAUACUUACAAUAUUUACAUAA